GUGCUCCUUUUUAACAAGUUUUCAGAAUAUUUACAUUUGAUAUCUUAAUCCUCUGACGUAGUUAAAGCUAUUUGGCAGUUGAAUCGUAGCUCAACUGAAUUGCCGGAUCGCUAAAACAUCAAAAACUACGGACUCGCGCACACAGAUUAACCAACGCUACAUACAAAGACCCACACAUACGAAGAAGCGUGCGUGUUGGUGUGUGUGUGUGUGUGUGUGUGUGUGAGCGCGCGUGUGUGUGUCAGUGUCAGUGCGUGCUGCUGUCGUCGUCGUCGUCGUCGUCGUUGCAAAGAGGAAGCAGCAGGCAAAGGCGAACGGCGGACGCGAAAAAGGAGCCCAAGAGCUCAAGAAGCUGCAGGGAACGGCUGGCAGUUACCGGAACAUUGAGUUGCAGCAGCACAAGUUCAAAUACAUACAGCACAAUAACAACAACAGCAACAACAACAAUAACAACAAGCGAAUAGCAGCAGCACACAACAAAGGUGUCGCCCCCGCCUUUCCUCCCCCACAAAAAUGCAACAACAAGAAUCUGGGGGCGAGGAGAGCUGGCUAGAGGAGCAGUGCCAUCGCGAAAUCAACGGCCAGAACGAUGAGUACGAGCGCGAGUUUGUGCGUCAGCGGGACAACAAUUUAAGCACCGUCUGGGGCGCAUUCCAGGACUCGGCCACUGCAGUUGCACAGCUCUAUCGUGAACGCUCUUCCAACACAUUCGCUCCGGAGGCUGGGGCACUGUGGCUGCCCUUUCAGACCGCAGCUGGCACUGUGACAACACUCUACAAAGAAUCUUGUGAUGGUCUCAAACGCACCAGCGACGCUGCCAUACAAUGCGGCUACCAAAGACGCACACGCGAACUGGCCGAUUGGGCGCGCAGCAAAAAACGCCGCAUGAUACGGCGCGAGGAUUUGCUGGCCUAUUUAGCUGGAAAAGCGCUGCCAACGCAACCAACGAAUCCACAUGCCAAUCGUCGGUCGCCCAAGCCGGAACAUCACCAUGGCGGCGGAGUACAUCAUCAUCAAGUCAGCGGCAGCACAAAUAGUGUCACUGGCUCGGCGAUAGGCUUUGCCAGCAACGGACUGACCAUGAUGCCACCCACAACCGCCGGCGGACAACCAACGCAUUUGCUAAACGCCGCCAGCGGUCAGGCGGCGACAGUAGGUGCCACAGGCGGCACUGGCGGCAUCAUCGGCGACGAUCUGCACACUUUCAAGGAGGCCUUAGUUUUGCGUCCACGCGGACCGGAGCUAUUUGCAUUUGUUGCCAACGAAAUCGCUCGCCAUUGCAAGCGUCCCGGCAGUCCCAUCGACGACAAAAUGGACAUUUGCCACUACAGCAGUAAACGUCAGCGCUUUAUGUAAUCCCAGCAUCUAGCGGCAGCCAACGGGAUGGACACACAUAGACACACAUACAUACACACUCUUAUACACAUACACAUGCAUGCGCCAAAUUGAAAUGCAACAACACUUUUCCCACUCAAUGCAGCAGCUGGAGUAACACGUGCUAUUGUUUGGGGGGGGAGGGUAAGAGGGGUGGCAUGGAAACAACAACAAAAACAAGAUCAACUGCAGCCGCCGCAACAGUGUGUGUGUGUGCGUAGGUGUAGGUGUGUGGGGCAGGGGCGCGACUAGUUCUAUUAAACUGUACUAUUAAACUGUUAAAUUCUGUUUAUAAUAUUUAUGCCGUAAAGUUCUUGUUACUGCGCUUUGUCGACUCAAACACAACACAGACACACACACACACACACAGCCACACACACACGCAGCCACACACACAAGCAAACACACAGUUAACACACACCGAUCAGCAUAAGUUAAGUUUAGUUAGUUAUUAAGCAUAAAAAAGCUUUUGUUGUAAGUUUUCAAGUCAAGAGGUGGUCUUAAACAUAGCGAAAAUAUUGUGUUAAUGCACGCAGUUAUAUGUAGCCUAGUAUAACACAAACACAAACACACAUGCAUACAUUCAAAACUGUUAUACGUAGGCAUUAUUGAAGCAUGAAAAUGAUGAAAGCAAAAAGAAAACAGACCCAUUAGACCGUUCCAGGUGGCAAUUAAGCCGUGUUACCAAUCGAUCUAUCUAUGCACAUUUUAAAACGGUUAUGUAGCAAUUGUUGUAACAUACAUAUACAUAUAUUUAUGUAUGUAUGUAUGCAUAACACAACUACAAACACUGUUGUAAGCCAAAAGUUGUAAUGUAUAUAAGUGAGUAAGUCGGAAAUGAUAGAAAAACAACACGUUUCGAUAAAGUUACAUUAUGUUUGGAUGACACGUACUAAAACCUUAGCUGUUUAUAUAAACAAUAUAUGCGUAUAUAUAUAUAUUUAUAUACUUAUUUUAUGAUUUGUUCACAUCAUCGAAACGCUUCCUAAAGUCACCACAGAAAAAAAAAAGAAAAAGAAAAUGCUAACAAAACUAACAAAAUUUCAAUUAAAAGAUUAAAGAUAAUAAUCCGCGGUACAGUUGCAAACGAUAUUUGAUCUUGGCAGUAAACUUCUCGCAUGUCUAGUUAGCCAGGAAAUACCAUCUAUAUAUAUAUAUAUAUAUUUAUUCGUAUAGAACCCAUCUAUGUAUAUGAAUAUAGCGUCGAUGAUCAAGUUGAGCAAGUUUGAGAACGAAAGCACGUACUAAAUUAUAUGUAUUAAAACAAAAGUCCUAUGAAAUAUUUGAGUUGUAAUAAAUUUAACAAAUAUGCUUAAUUAACAAUAUACAAUUCAAAAUGAGAAAAGAACGCAAUUAAAAGAAGAAAAAAAAUUAUUAUACAAGAUUAAGAAGAAAAACACUAUAAGUUU